AUGGCCAUCAUUGAGCCACUAACAAGCCCAAAGCCGGAUUUCUUCAGUAGAAUGUUUGGGCUGCAAUUCAAAGGGGUGAAUGGAAAUGGUCAAAUAUGGUUGUUUGCAGAAAAUGGAAUGGAGGCUGAUGACUGGGACAUCUCAGAACAGGUUCUUCAUACUCGUAUUUCCUCUGAUCUUUUUCCUAUUCCUUUGCAUCUGUCAGUAGUGUAUGGAAAAUGCUCGAGAGAAGGGAGGCUCCCCCUUUGGGAUAAACUUAGAGAGCUUGCAGUGAGAAUGGAGGGCCGGCCAUGGCUGGUAGGAGGGGACUUUAAUGUUUUCCUCUCGGAAGAAGAAAGGCAAGGUUCCAGCAAAAAUAGGGUAAGGGAGAUGGUGGAUUUUGCUAAUACUAUAAGUGAUUGCCAGCUCCUGGAUCUUGAUACCGAUGGUGCAAAAUUCACAUGGGCAAGAGGGAAUAUUUUUGAGAAAUUGGACAGAGCUUUGAUUGGGGAGAGGUGGCAGGAGCUUUUUGCUACAACAAGAGUUACUAAUCUGCCUAGAAUAAUGUCUGAUCAUGGCCCGCUGCUUAUUCAAUGUCAACUUCCUGGUCCUCCCACCCGUCCUUCUUUUAGAUUUCAGAGUAUGUGGAUCAGACACCACUCCUUUUUGAACGAGGUGGAGAGGUGCUGGAUUGAACCCACGGGGGAGAAGGGCAUGCUAAAUUUGCAGCUGAAACUGGGGCGUGUUAAAAAGUGCCUGAAGUGGUGGAAUAAAAAUGUCUUUGGAAAUGUCUUUGAAAAGGUAAAGCAAGCCGACCUUGCAGCUCAGGAGGCUCAUAAAAAGUUUGAGCAUGAUCAGUCUCCUUCCUCAAGAUUGGAGAUGAAUAGAACCGCAGCAGAGCUUGUGCUUGCUUUAAGAAUGGAGGAAGAUUAUUGGAAGCCAAAAGCAGCCAUUAGAUGGACAGUUGAGGGAGAGAGAAAUACUAAAUACUUUCAAGGUUGGGUGAAACAAAAAAGGGCAAAGUCUAGGAUCCAUGCCAUUGAGGAGGAGGGAAGAGUCAUAACAGACAGUGGAGAGCUGAGUGCCUCGGCUGUCAGGUUCUUCCAGAAUUUAUUAUCCUCUGACACUGAUAUUUUACAUGAACCAGAUUUGGAUCUUCUGGCCUCUCUGCCCCCGGAUUUUGAUAUGCAGGUGCUGGACAGCCUUCCCACGAUUCAGGAAGUCAAGAAUGUAGUGUUUGGGAUAAAUGCGGAUAGUGCAUCGGGGCCGGAUGGGUUCUCCCUUUUCUUUCAAACUUGCUGGGAUAUUGUUGGUGCUGAUGUCUCUGAAGCGGUUAUUGAUUUCUUUCAAGGAGCCGAGAUGCCAAGAGGCUUGGCGGCAACAAUGAUCGUCUUAAUUCCUAAGAAGAAAAGCCCUACUAAAUGGUCGGAAUUCAGGCCAAUAAGCUUGUGUAACGUGUCCAAUAAAAUUAUAUCAAAGCUCUUGUAG